AAAAUCAGUUAUUUGGAAAUUGAAUAAUGGACUUGUACGAUAUCGAGAGCCGUUUGAUGAUACUGGACUGCCUCAGAGAGAACUCGGUUAAUAUGCGCAUCGAGCAGAUGAACUUGAAGGAUCGCAUCUCCCAGGCCUUGGUGCGAGCCCGAUCCAGUUUGCUGUGCAUUCGCCAGCUGAACUUUGAGCUGCAGGAAAUGAAGCUGGCUGUGGACAAUGCAUUGACCACCGACCUUUCGGAUUUUGUAGAUUCGGGUAACGAAAUAGCCAAAGAUGCAGUCGAGGAGCGCAUGAUCGAAUUCAUAGAUGGAAUGGCUCAAGGCGUUCCCGAUGAGGAAAGCCCAUUCGAGUCAAAUGAGGAUUCGACUGACUAG